GCCGGUGCCGGGGCGAUGGCGGGGCCGGGGCCGGGGCCGGGUCUGGCGGCGGCCGCGGGGCUGUGGGCGCUGGGAGCGGCGGCCGCCGAGGUGCCGGCGCGCCCCGGGGCGCUGGAGGAGGAGAUCGUGUCGGAGAAGGCGGCGGAGGAGAGCCACCGGCAGGACAGCGCCAACCUGCUCGUCUUCAUCCUGCUGCUCACCCUCACCAUCCUCACCAUAUGGCUCUUCAAGCACCGCCGCGCCCGCUUCCUGCACGAGACCGGGCUGGCCAUGAUCUACGGUGUCCUGGUCGGCGUGGUCCUGCGCUACGGCAUCCACGUCCCCAGCGACGUCAACAACGUGACGCUGAGCUGCCAAGUGCAGACCAGCCCUGCCACCCUGCUGGUCAAUGUCAGCGGGAAGUACUACGAGUACACCCUGAAGGGGGAAAUCAGUGCCCAGGAGCUCAACAACGUCCAGGAUAAUGAGAUGCUGAGAAAGGUGACUUUUGAUCCUGAAGUAUUUUUCAACAUUUUGCUUCCUCCGAUUAUAUUUUAUGCAGGCUACAGCUUGAAAAGGAGGCACUUCUUCAGAAACUUGGGAUCCAUCCUGGCAUAUGCUUUUCUCGGCACUGCCAUUUCCUGCCUGGUGAUCGGCUCUGUGGUGUAUGGCUGUGUGGCGCUGAUGAAAGUCACUGGGCAGCUUGGGGGAGACUUCUACUUCACUGACUGCCUUCUGUUCGGUGCCAUCGUGUCAGCUACUGACCCAGUGACUGUCCUUGCCAUAUUCCAUGAGCUCCAGGUUGAUGUUGAGCUGUAUGCCCUUCUCUUUGGCGAAAGCGUCCUCAAUGAUGCCGUUGCCAUAGUGCUGUCUUCUUCAAUAGUUGCGUAUCAGCCAGCAGGCGACAACAGCCACACGUUUGAUGUCACGGCGAUGUUCAAGUCCAUCGGGAUCUUCCUGGGGAUAUUCAGUGGAUCUUUUGCAAUGGGAGCUGCUACUGGAGUUGUGACAGCUUUAGUCACCAAGUUCACGAAACUUCGGGAGUUCCCGUUGCUGGAGACUGGCUUGUUCUUCUUGAUGUCCUGGAGCACGUUCCUGCUGGCUGAAGCCUGUGGCUUUACAGGUGUGGUGGCUGUGCUCUUCUGCGGGAUCACACAGGCUCAUUAUACCUAUAACAACUUAUCUACAGAGUCCCAGCACAGAACUAAGCAGUUGUUUGAGCUUCUGAAUUUCUUGGCAGAAAACUUCAUCUUCUCCUACAUGGGACUUGCACUGUUCACCUUCCAGAACCACGUUUUUAACCCUACCUUUGUGGUGGGGGCAUUCCUUGCUAUCUUCCUAGGAAGAGCUGCCAAUAUUUACCCGCUGUCAUUUUUACUGAAUUUGGGGAGAAGAAAUAAGAUUGGAACAAACUUGCAGCACAUGAUGAUGUUUGCUGGGCUGCGAGGAGCCAUGGCCUUCGCCCUGGCCAUCCGCGACACGGCCACGUACGCCCGGCAGAUGAUGUUCAGCACAACGCUCCUCAUCGUCUUCUUCACGGUCUGGGUGUUCGGCGGGGGCACCACGGCCAUGCUGUCCUGCCUCAACAUCCGGGUCGGUGUGGAUGCGGAUCAGGAGAAUGUGGGUGUCCCAGAGAGCGAGAGGAGGAGUACGAAGGCAGAGAGCGCUUGGCUCUUCCGCAUGUGGUACAACUUCGAUCACAACUAUCUAAAGCCUCUCCUGACACACAGUGGUCCCCCACUGACCACCACGCUCCCGGGGUGCUGUGGGCCCGUUGCCCGGUGCCUGACGAGUCCGCAGGCGUACGAGAAUCAGGAGCAGCUGAAGGAUGAUGACUCUGACCUCAUUUUGAACGACGGGGACAUCAGUCUGACCUACGGGGACUCCACCGUCAACACCGACUCCGUCGUGUCCAGCGGGACGUCGCGGCGGUUCGUGGGGAACAGCUCGGAAGACGCGCUGGAUCGAGAGCUUGCUUUUGGGGACCAUGAACUCGUAAUCCGGGGAACGCGCCUGGUCCUGCCCAUGGACGAUUCAGAGCCCCCAUCAAACGUCCUGGAUAACGCAAGACACGGUCCAGCAUAAGGUUGCUCGGUUUAAUUGACAGUAAUAUUUGCAUAUAUGAUCAAGAAGUAUGUACUACCUAAAGUCUAAUGCAUGUCUCAAAAUGUCUAAGCUGUAUAAAUAUUAUUUAUAUGGUGUCAGAAGAAUAUAAAUAUUCUCUGCCAAGCACUUGUAAAGAACAAGCUGCAAAUUUAAGUUAAAAACUGUGUUGACUGCACUAUGUAGGGUGGAACUGUUUUAGCGUAAGAGUCUUUUGCACACAGUGAGCUUCGUUAAUGUGUGAUUUGAUGAAGGGUUUAGUUCCCAGCGGGUAGGUAAAGGAGCUGACUCCCUGUUCAUCCUUUGAACUUGGGCGAGGAGGGUAGGGAGGUGCUGGCGAGCAGUGGAAAUCGCUUUCUAGUCAGAUGAGGAUUGUUGGUUUUUAGUUUUUGGUCUCUGAUUUUUGGAUAGUCACGUUUGAAAUAUCAGUA